UUUAUCAAAAACAACGUUGCUCAAAGACGUUCCAAAAUUUUGGUCCAAAUUUUCGUCUGACGUGUCAAAAUCAGCUGUUUGACAAGUUGUAAGUUUACGUCAGAAAGUUAGGUUAGGUUUAUUAGAAAUUCAACAACUAGCGAAGUGAUUACAAUAAGUACAGGGAAUAGUGAAUGUUGUGUUAGCUUCAGUACAUCUCCUUCUCUCAAGCAUUUCGUGGAUUCUUCAUUGAGCUGACUUUCUCCAAUUCAUCAUGGUGUUAAUGACAUUAAUAGCACGCUUACAAGAUGGUCUUCCACUAGCUGCCACCAUUCAGGAUGACGAACAGAAAGGAAAAAAUAUACUGGACUACCAAAAUCAGGCGAAAAUGCUUUUUCGGCGGCUGAACGAUAGAAGUCCCACUCAAUGCACAAUCGAGACUGGCCCUUACUUGUUUCACUAUCUCAUCGAACGAGAUGUAGUAUUUUUGGUAUUAUGUGAACAUAACUUCUCCAAGCGUCUAGCUUUCUCCUACUUGGAAGACAUUGCUCAAGAAUUCUUAUCAAUUUAUGGAAAAAGAGUCAGCUCAGUCACUAGGCCCUACACAUUUAUCGAGUUUGACACGUACAUUCAAAAGGCAAGAAAAACUUUCACAGAUUCUAGAGUGAGAAGAAAUUUAAAUUCUCUCAAUACAGAGCUGCAAGAUGUGCAAAGAAUAAUGGUCCAGAAUAUUGAUGAAGUUUUACAACGUGGAACUGUUCUUGCAGAUCUCGACUCCAAAGCUCAACACCUGUCAAUUCUUUCGCAGAAGUAUAAAAAGGAUGCAACCUAUUUAAACAUGAAGUCCGUGUAUGUUAAAGUUGCAGCAGGAUGUAUUGCAGUCUUUGUGUUCUUCCUUUACUUCUGGGUUUUGUAAUUGCCUUUGUAUCAUCUCUGACCUACUUUUCCCCCUCUAUUUUAUUGGUGUUUCUUUGAUUUUAUUCUGGCCAUUGCUGUCAGGUAUUGUUGUCUCAGUUGUUAAUUACUGAGUCUGCCCUUUUUUGUGGGUCAAUUUAAUGCUAAGGGUUCCCAUUUGAACACCAACUUUUCCAUGUUUUCUUUAGGGAGGUGUGAGUAUUGAAAUAGGAUCUGACACUUAGGAAAAAGUAUUGUGUAUUGUUUAAAUUAUAUCUGAUCAUAAGAAAUCGAUCUUCCUGCAAAAUAUUGACUCAAAGGGUAGGAAAUGUUUCAAAAUUUCUCACUUUGAAACUGAAGCGAUAAUUGAGAAAUGAAGAUGUUGAGAUCGAGAAAGAAGUAGCUGUCCGGCUUAAAAAAUAAAUGUAUGUAUUGAAGUUUCUUUACAUUGACACCGGUCACCCACUUUAUUUUCGAGAGUGAUAAGUUCACCUGGCUAGUGGUAACCCUAACUCUGACUUACUUUACCUAAUUUCAAACGAUAUUAUUUUGGAUUUCUAUUCUUCUGAGUAUUUUAAAAGAAUUUCGCUAUAUUGAGUGCCACAGAGUUUUAAAGUUAUUACUUUUUAAAAAAUUUUACAAUUUACCAUUUUAUUCUCAACCAAUCAUUUUUUCCCUCCACUUCAUUUUUGAAUUACGCAUUCUGCAUUCUUUAAGUACAUUGAUAUAAAACCAUGGUGGUUACUAAAUUUGCUCAGGCAUUUAUUUUAGCAAUUUUAUUCGCUUGAUAUACAUGAGCAUACAAAAAACCAAAUGAAUGGUUGGUUUGUAAAUGAUAAUUCAUCAUAUGAUAGGACUAGCAGCAGCAAAUUCUAUGUCCGCAGUCUUUACCAUCAUGUCAGCGCCAUUGCAAAUGUGAAAAAUAAGUGUCGGUAAACAUUUUAACCACCAGGCAGGUGUUAAAAGACAGGAUUGUUUUAUUUUAGCCGAAGAGUCAUUUUCAGAAGUAGCCACUUUAAAAGUAGUUUCAUGGCUUCACAUGAAAUCAACAGUGAAUGUAUUUAGUAUUACACGCCGAGGAUUGAAACAUGUUUUUUCAUUUGUAAGUUUUACUUUUGUAAUUUAUUCCCCAAAAA